CUUGUUUCCAGAGCAUUGUCUGAAGUUCUUUCUGAAUACCAACUUAAGAUUAGCACUGUGUCUCUGUUGUUGGGUGAUGUAUGUUGACGCUAGUUAGUUGGAAAAUCUACUUAAGAAGGUAUUUUCAGCAUCAAUGGAGAAUAUGAUCAUGGGCUUUAUCUUCCUUCCAAUGUUGUUGGCGCAAUGCUUCAUGGCUCCCUUAGCCAUAUCUCAACCAAACUUCCCCAUAGAUCAAUUUGCCCUUCUUGAGUUUAAAGCUCACAUCACUUUUGAUCCUCUUCAUAUCUUAUCCUCUAACUGGUCUCCUGCCACCUCAGUUUGUAACUGGGUUGGUGUUUCCUGUAGUGCUCUUCAUCGUAGAGUCACAGCCUUGGAUCUUCCAAGCAUGAACCUCAUUGGCAGCCUCCCUGCCCACUUGGGAAACCUCUCAUUCCUUGUUUCUCUCAACUUGAGUGGAAAUAACUUCCAUGGCCAUUUGCCUCCAGAGUUGGGGAAGCUACAACAUUUGAGGCUCAUGGACUUAAGCAACAAUUUUCUUAACGGAAGCAUUCCAGAUGAGAUUUGGUUGCUUUCAAAGUUGGAGAUUUUUAGAGUAAGAAGCAACCACUUUACAGGAACUAUAUCAAGAAAUAUUGGGAACUUAACUAAGCUAAGGAGAAUAUACAUCGGAAGUACAAAAAUAAGAGGGGAAAUACCACAGGAGAUGGGUAAUCUUCAUAAUUUGGAGCUAUUUUCAGCUAGUAAUGGAAGUUUCUCAGGUCUCAUUCCAGCAAAUAUCUUCAAUAUCUCUUCCCUAAGAUGGAUUUAUCUUUAUUCAAAUAAUCUUUCUGGUACUCUUCCUAUCGACUUGUGCUACCGUCUGCCAAAUAUUGAGCUACUUGAGCUACACAAGAAUCAGUUAGAAGGCUUAAUUCCGUCAAGUAUAGGCAAAUGCAAGAAGCUUCAAAUUUUGUCUUUAUCAAAAAAUAGAUUCACUGGAUUCAUUGCAAGAAGCAUAGGGAACUUGACCAAACUUUCUGAAAUAUAUCUCAGUCAGAAUAACUUGGAAGGUGAAAUACCAGAGGAGGUUGGCAACUUACCUUUGAAGAUUUUAAGCAUGGGAUACAACUCCUUCAUUGAUUCCAUUCCUCCCAAGAUCUUCAACAUCUCAACCUUGGAAUACAUUUUCUUUGGAAUGAAUAACCUUUCAGGCCAUCUUCCUUCCACCAUUGGACUUGGGCUUCCAAAGCUUACUGAGCUACAUUUGUUUAACAAUGAACUUAGUGGCAUUUUUCCAAAUUCUAUCUCAAAUUCUUCCUUGCUUACCUUUCUAAACCUAAACAAUAACUUAUUCUCUGGCCCUUUCCCCAGUUCACUUGGCCAUCUAAGAUUCCUAAGAACACUUCACUUGGGUGGAAACAUGUUCUCUGAAUUCUCCACUCCAGAAAGAAGCUUCCUCUCUUCUUUGGUAAACUGUAGAUUAUUGGCAAAUCUAUCCAUAGCGUUUAAUUCAUUGAGUGUCACCCUUCCAGCUUCAAUUGGGAAUCUAUCUAAAUCUCUUCAAUAUUUGUAUGCAUCCAAUAGCAAAAUCUAUGGAAACAUUCCUGUAGAAAUUGGAAACUUGAGCAACUUGAUACUUUUGGAUCUUUCUAGGAAUGAUUUGAUUGGACCAAUUCCAGUAACAAUUGGAAGAUUGCAAAAGCUCCAAGGUUUGUAUCUUUAUAGAAACAGAUUGCAAGGAACAAUUCCGAAUGAUCUAUGUCACCUACAGAGAUUAUAUGCAUUGGAAUUGGAGCGCAAUCAGCUUAAUGGAUCCAUGCCAAAGUGCUUAGCCAAUUUGACUUCUUUAAGAUAUCUAAACUUAUGUUCCAAUAACUUAACUUCUACCAUACCCUUAGCUUUCUGGAGUCUUAAAUAUAUCUUGGUAGUAUACUUGUCAUCAAAUUCAUUCAAUGGCUCUCUUCCAUUAGAUUUUGGAAACCUAAGGGUCUUGAUCGAGGUGGAUUUAUCUAGAAAUCAUCUGUCAGGCAAUUUACCUAACACCAUUGGGGAUCUUAAAGACCUGACUUAUCUUUCCUUGGCAGAAAAUACAUUAGAAGGUAAUAUUCCUCAAUCAUUUGAUGGGUUGAUAAGCUUGGAAUUCUUGGAUCUCUCUAACAAUAUUCUCUCAGGAGUGAUUCCCAAUUCCUUAGAAGAACUCUCCUAUCUCCAUUUCUUCAAUGUAUCUUUCAAUAAACUUGAAGGCAAAAUUCCAAGUGGAGGAUCAUUCAAAAAUUUCUCUGCUCAAUCAUUUAUUGGAAACAUUGCCCUCUGUGGUUUGCCAAGAUUUCAAGUUCCUCCAUGUAAGUCCCACAAGAAAUCUGUCCAUGUGUUAAGAUUAGUGUUGCCACUUGUAGUAGCUACCAUAUUGAUACUUUCCCUUGUCAUCAUCAUCUUCAAAAGACAACAUAAAUCAAAAGAAAAAUCCAUAGAUGAAGAAACUUUUCCAAGUCUAGCAAAAUGGAAGAGAGUUUCAUAUCAGGAGCUUCAACAUGCAACCAACAGAUUCAACGAGAGAAACUUACUUGGUACAGGGAGUUUUGGGUCAGUAUACAAAGGGACACUUAAAGAUGGAGUAAGCAUUGCAAUAAAGGUCUUCAAUCUACAAGUAGAGCAUGUACUAGAAAGUUUUGACAUAGAAUGUGAACUACUACGCAAUAUUCGCCAUCGAAAUCUGAUCAAAAUCAUUACUAGUUGUUGUAAUGAAAACUUCAAAGCCUUGGUGCUUGAGUUCAUGCCUAAUGGGACCUUGGAGAAGUGGUUAUAUUCUGAUGUAUGUUGUCUAAAUAUUCUACAAAGAUUGAAUAUAAUGAUUGAUGUGGCUUCUGCUUUAGAAUAUCUCCACCAUGGACACUCUGUUCCAAUCAUCCAUUGUGAUUUGAAACCUAGCAAUGUGCUGCUCGAUGAAGAUAUGGUUGCACAUGUGGGGGAUUUUGGCCUUGCCAAGCUUUUGGGAGAAGGGGAAUCUAAGAUGCAAACAUUGCAAAUUGCCACUCUUGGCUACAUGGCACCAGAAUAUGGAUCAAUGGGAAUGGUUUCUACAAAAGGGGAUGUUUACAGCUUUGGCAUCUUAGUCAUGGAGACAUUCACAAGACGGAAACCUACAGAUAAAAUGUUUACCGGAGAAAUGAACUUGAAGGUGUGGGUGAAUGAAUCAUUAUUGCAUUUAGGAACUGAAGUUGUGGAUGCUAGUUUGAUGGAGGAGGGGGAGCAUUUCAUUGCCAAAGCAAAUUGUGUAUCAUCUAUUUUGGAAGUAGCUUUGAGUUGUUGUGCAGAAGCACCCAAAGUAAGAAGAAAUAUGAUGGAUGUCGCAACAAUGCUUAAGAAGAUCAAAAAUCAAUAUCUUAAGGAUAUUGGAAAUUGAGAAGAUCAUGUAAAUUAAAUAACUAGUACUUUAGUGUUGAAAUUGAGUUUUUGGAUAAAGAAUAAAGAUGGUUUCUCUAC